UCGAUUACUUUACGCUCUGCAUGACGCGUCACCGGGAGGGGGGGGGGGCGCGGAGAGUGGGGGGUUCGUCGCUGUCGUCCUAGCGGCAGCUGUGCGACGCCGCGCUACAGCCCGGCGUCGAUGUGGAUCUCCACCACGUGAUCAUCGGACAGUCGGACGCGUUGCUGAUCUGGAAGAAGGCACUACACAAGUAACCCUCCUCGCCCGUGCAGCGCACGCCCGACAAGUUGCCGGAGAUGACGUCACAGUGGGUUCCCCGGCUGGCAGGCUGGACUGGAGGGUCGCGUCGAGGUCCCCUGCGGAACGGUGACGUAUGUUUGUAUGUAUGUUGAAUCUCUUCUUUAGAACCGUACAUAUCCGACUGUGAUAUAAUCGGAGGUGCGGGGGAAGGACAACGAGUGAAACACAAAAAGCUGAGUUCAAGGGAGGUCCGUCGCCAUGUACGCUCCAGAAAAUGGGUUGGUACACCAGUGGCAAUAGCUAUAGAGCGUGGUGCAGGUGGUGCAACUGCCCCACAUCCCCAAGGGGCUCAUGCCACCGAGCUAAAAAUAGGUUUGGAGAUUUGAUUGGGAGGGUGGAGGGCAUUUAAAUUCUGGGCAACAUUCCCUAUGCCAACCACGCUACUACGCAACUGACGUACGGGUCGACUAACUGUGAGCAUAGUGCCAUGUUAUUGGGAAUACAGUAGCCGCAAAAUCGUGAUAAAUGUGUAGUGGCGUAACGCGCGCAGGGUUUGCAAACAGCAGUUGCAUUCAUGUACGGGGUUGCAACCAGUGAGGUUAGCUCCGGAUAAGCAGGUGCAGGCAGGUGGCCUGGGUGAUAGGGACAGAGAGACGCCAGCUAAUUAGGGAAAGAGGCAGUGUUUCGGCUGACUGCAAAUGCAAACGCGGGGUAGGCGCCACGGAGGCGAGAGAUAGAGGCGAUAAUGGGGAGAACACGUGCAAGAGACUCUGGAAGGACGCCGGCUUAGAGAGGGCCAUCUGAGGGCACUUAAUGAGGAGGGGGAUAUAAGGGGAACAUGUGAAGCAAUGGGGUUGAGUUGGUUGGAGAUGAAGCGGUGAACAGUAUUCAUGAUAAGCCCUGGACCUCGCCCCCUACACCUCGUCCUCCCCAGCGGUGUUGGCUGAUUCACCCGCUGGGGGCAUGGAGUCGACAGGCUAGCAGUGGAGAGGCUAGCGGAAUCUUUAGUCUGAGUGAGGCUAGCGGGGUGAGAAGCUAGCAGAGUAUAUAUAGAGAGAGAGUCCGUGACAGGCUAGGAGAGCGGGGAGUAACAGGCUAGUGGAGCGAGAGAGAGUAAGCUCGAAGUAGCAGGCGAGCAGAGGAAGAGAGGAAGAGUUUGCGACAGGUAGUACGUGGGUGUUGAACAUGAGACGCAUCCGUGUGGGAUGCUGCAAAUAAAGUUACGUGAAUAAACACCACACUAAAAAUGCAUCUAACAAGUCAUAUGUGCCUCAUAUGCAUCCAAGCGCAUGGGUGGGGUGGCAGCUGUGGCAUGAUGUGGUUUUCUCCGUGUAGGUUAAGCCUGUAGUUUGCAGAUUUGCAAGGCCGCUUGUUGUGACCUUGUGAUUAGGCGUUCCUGCAAGUUUGUACUUUGGUCAGUGGGCGGAAAAAUCGGUGGGUAGCUGGAACCGCUGAAACAAACCUGAGCUUUUUGUGGUUUCGUGACGUCUCGUGCACAACAGGGCUGUACGUGGCUGCUGGGAUACAUAUGCUGGUUUAAGAGUCUUUCAAGUGGAAGUUGUUCUUAUUUUUACACCUACAUGUAUGGCGCGACUGCAGCGGACAGCUGUGAAAGUGUGAAAACGAAAGAUUGUGGAUAUAACGUCUAAAAAAAUCAGUCCAUUUAAAUCAGAGACAUCAAGCGGAGGAGACCAUGUCUUCCGACAACAACGCUGCGGGGCCUCCGUGCUGCCUCUGCAGCCCCACGUGCGGGCUGCUGCUGCUGGUCAUCGUGGGGGUAUGGGCGGCGUGGCGCUGGCGUGACAAGCACCGGGUGGCCGGCGUGACGGGCCGCUGGGUGUUCAUCACGGGCUGCGACUCGGGGUUCGGGCAGGCGUUGGCCAAGCGGCUCGACGCGGCCGGCCUGCGCGUCGUGGCGGCAUGCUUGGGACCUGCCGGCGAGGAGGAGUUGAGGAGGUCGUGCUCAUCGCGCCUCGUCACGCUGCGUCUCGACGUCACGGACCCCGAGAGCGUGCGUGCCGCUGUCCGGCGGGUUCGGGAGGAGGUUGGCGAGCAGGGCUUGUGGGGCUUGGUCAACAACGCUGGCCGCGUCAUCCCCGUCGGCCCUAACGACUGGUUGACGACGGACGACUUCCGCACAGUGCUGGACGUCAACCUCCUGGGCAUGGUGGACGUCACGCUGCAGAUGCUGCCCCUGGUGAAGCAGGCUCGGGGUCGAAUCGUCAACGUGGCCAGUAUCGCGGGGCGGUUGUCCGUCGUGGGUGGCGGGUACUGCAUCUCCAAGUUCGGAGUGGAGGCCUUCUCUGACAGCCUCAGGCGCAACAUGCGUGCAUUUGGGGUCAAGGUGUCCAUCGUGGAGCCGGGCGGUUUCCGUACGGGUAUGGCUGACAUUACCGCCAUCGAGGAGGAUCUGAGGAAGCGCUGGGCACAGCUGCCAUCUGUGAUGAAGGAAGAUUACGGCAGCGACUACCUCGACAAAUACAUGACGCUACAGAAAUCCAACAUGAAUCAGCCGUGCGACGACCUCUCAAAGGUCACCUGGUGUAUGGAGCACGCCCUGGUGGCCACUCACCCACGCACACGCUAUAGCGCUGGUUGGGAUGCCAAACUCAUUUUUAUCCCGCUCUCGUACCUCCCAGCUUUCAUAAGCGACUUCCUGCUGGCAAUGACUAUGCCCCGUCUUGCCGUGGCCACAAAAGUAACGCCCUGAACCGGAGCAGUGGGGGCUCUUCCCACGGUGGUGAUAUGUUAACUACCUCGCCUGGUAUACAGGAGGUCGUGGGUUUCUUCCUGAUCCUGACGCCUGCUGCUGUAUAUUUGGAGUUGCAUGUUCUCCCCAUGGUCGCUUGGAUUUUUCUUGGGGUCCUCCGGUUUUCCCCUCCUGAAAAAGAGCAGUAUAGCUCAGUGGGCCUUACCUGGUAAAACAAAAAUAGUUUAGUUAAUAGUUUAGUAAGUGAAUUCUGGCAGUCGGGGUUGUGAUGAUCUAGGUUAGUCAGGUGGCAAAAUGAUCUCCGAACAAAGUUCUGUAACAUGUAUGGAUUUGCUAAUGUUAAGAAUGAUUUUAAGAAUAUCUUCUUGUGGACGACGACACCAACUUUCAAUAUCGGGUUGAUAAACAGCGUAGUCCAUUGGUAAAGAUAUCGUGAUUAUCAUGGCUCGCAAAUAUAACGUUUUCAGAUUUUAUUUCUCACUAAAUAAUCGUGAAAUAAUGAAAGCACAAUAUUUAAUGUUUUAAAUAAAUAUCUAUGAACCGUUACAUUUGAAAUGACGCUAAUGACUGUAUACUAAGAGCCUCUUUAUUUUAGACACAACUACAACUCGAGGUCCCAGCUUCGUUCUUGCUUUUGAAGCUUGUCCCUUCCCUCAAACGUCCCUCUCCACGUGCUCUCCCCUUUUAUCCUUCUCGAGCCCCCUCUCUCGAACUUUCCCUCACUGUUUUCCCGGCAGCCAAUCCCAAUCCUCCUCCUCCAACGGUUCCCAACCGUCGCCUCCAAGUUCCACUCUGUUUCCCACUUUUUCCCAUUUAAAUAUUUCCUUCAAUCUCUUCAAACCCUGCCUCCCGGCCAGUCAUUGUGGAAGCAUCUUCCCGCCAAUAGGAAGCCUUGGCCUACUUUUUCAAUUACAGUGGCUGCACAUUGGCUUGGGGUGAGUGCCUCUUAAUUUCGGUCAUUACACAUUCGUUAUUGGGUCAAUAUAUUUCCGAAGUAAAUGACCGCGUGGUGGUUAUAUGUCAACAUGUUUGUCGUGCAUUUAAAAAAAAUUAUGUGUGUCUUUAGGUAUACUCUUUUUACAUGAAACGAUUAGGAUGACUUAAUGGAAAUCCUUAUGAUGAUUAAACUGCAAUA